AUGGGUUAUGGAACUUUCUUUGGGCAACUGGCCAUUAUUGCAAUGGAAUAUGAUUUGAGCACGGUGGAGUUUGUUCACGUUGGGUCCCGGUCAUGUUGUGCUGGCGACUUUGCUCUUGGGGUGUCUGCUGAAGACGCAGUCUCAGCAUCACUCCUGCAACGCUGGCCAGGGCUGGAUCCGCUGACAUCAGACGAGUCAAACCAAGAUGAGAGCGGUUGCUCCGAGGGCGGAACCUCUCUGCCUUUACAUAUAGAUGGCAAUGGGCACACGAAGAAGAGGCCCCAAGAGGCUAUUGAUUCGAUGUACCGUAGCAAUGGGUCCUCGGUUGGCGCCAUCUCGGGGUGGGUUUGCUCGGCACAACAGAAACGCCCUGUUCUGCUACGGAUGCGACCUCCGCUCCAGGCUCUUGCUCUCGUUUUCGAGGACUUCAAGACCCACCGCCGGGCUAUGCUCGGUGAUGCUAACCUCAAGUCCCGACUUCGCAACGCUGCGAAGACUACCAGCGAGACUUUGAGCGCCUUAAAGAGCCGAAACUAG